GGCGACGCUUUACGACAUUGCCGUUUGUGGAUGCACAACUCUCGUGUGAUACCGGCAGUCAGACAGCCAGUGAAGUCGCAGGGGCAUAGCAUCAGAAGCAGUGAUACCGAUCGACACGCAGACAGACAGACAGACAGACACAGAGAGAAGAGAAAUCGAGGGAAGCAGCAAGCACUAUAUGCCACGGAUCGCAAGCAGCAACCGAAUAAAACCGGACGGCAGGAUCAGGAUCAGGAUCAGGACCCGAAUCCGACACGUACUGUAAAUGCUGCUGUCUCUGCUCCGGCUCGGCUUGUUGUUUAGUCGCACCGUUGCUAGCGGAGUUUACAACUCGAUUUAAUUUGUAUUCGGUUCUAUUGUGUUCUGGCUCCCGGUCGUGUCUGCUGCUUCUCAAGCGGUGAGGCAGGUCAAAGAAUUGGAGAAAAUGGACUAUGAUUUCAAAGUAAGGCUGACGAGUGAGAGGGAGAGAGUGGAGGACCUGUUUGAAUACGAGGGUUGCAAAGUUGGAAGAGGCACGUAUGGUCAUGUCUACAAAGCCAAGAGGAAAGACGGGAAAGAUGAUAAAGACUACGCUUUAAAACAAAUAGAGGGUACUGGAAUAUCAAUGUCUGCUUGCAGAGAAAUAGCACUGUUACGAGAGCUCAAGCACCCGAAUGUGAUCUCUCUGCAGAAAGUGUUUCUGUCGCAUGCCGACAGGAAAGUGUGGCUUCUCUUUGACUACGCAGAGCACGACCUGUGGCACAUCAUCAAAUUUCACAGAGCUUCAAAAGCAAACAAGAAGCCAGUUCAGUUGCCUCGAGGGAUGGUGAAGUCGCUGCUGUACCAGAUCCUAGAUGGCAUUCACUACCUCCAUGCUAACUGGGUAUUGCACAGAGAUCUGAAACCUGCAAACAUUUUAGUAAUGGGUGAAGGUCCAGAGAGAGGAAGAGUCAAAAUAGCUGAUAUGGGCUUUGCUCGGUUGUUUAAUUCACCGUUGAAGCCUCUAGCGGAUUUGGACCCCGUUGUAGUAACGUUCUGGUACCGAGCUCCUGAACUGCUGCUCGGAGCCAGGCAUUAUACCAAAGCAAUUGAUAUCUGGGCUAUAGGUUGCAUAUUUGCAGAGCUGCUGACAUCAGAGCCAAUCUUUCACUGUCGACAAGAGGACAUCAAGACUAGUAACCCUUAUCACCAUGACCAGCUGGACAGAAUAUUCAACGUCAUGGGCUUUCCUCCAGAGAAAGACUGGGAAGACAUUAAGAAGAUGCCUGAACAUUCAACACUGAUGAAAGACUUUCGAAGAAACACGUAUACAAACUGCAGCCUUAUAAAGUAUAUGGAAAAACACAAGGUGAAACCCGAUAGCAAAGCAUUCCAUUUGCUCCAGAAGCUGCUCACGAUGGAUCCAAUCAAGAGAAUGACCUCGGAGCAGGCUCUGCAGGACCCCUACUUCUUAGAGGAUCCGCUCCCCACUUCAGAUGUUUUUGCUGGUUGUCAGAUUCCUUAUCCCAAACGGGAAUUCCUAACGGAAGAGGAACCAGAGGACAAGGGAGACAAAAAGAACCAACAGCAACAGCAGGGUAAUAACCACACUAACGGAGCUGGCCACGCAGGCAACCAAGACAACAGCCACGCACAAGGACCCCCCCUGAAGAAAGUCAGAGUGGUUCCUCCCACCAAUACCUCAAGUGGACUCAUCAUGACCUCAGACUACCAGCGCUCCAAUCCACACGCUGCCUAUCAGAACCCUGGACCAAGCGCAUCACUACCCCAGAGCAGCAUGGGAUACUCCUCUACCUCCCAGCAGCCUCCACAGUACUCCCACCAGACACUCCGGUACUGAGCGGUAUUCCAGUGCGCAGUGAUCGCUGGGAUAGCAGGACUGAACACGAAGCUGCCGGACUGGAGGAGAAUGUACUGUACAAGCACACCACACAGCCUGCCCCCCGCACGCUGUUCAUUCAUUGUCACGGGGGGGCUUCGGGUUAGACUUGAAAACUAUCAGUCCAAUGCAUAUUAAAAGAAAUGGUCAUAAAAAAAGGAAAGCGAGCACUAGCACAGUUUGUGUCGUUGAUAUGCUGCUGCUUCAUGGUGUACUUGCCCUAAUGCAGUCAGACCAACUUUAUUGUCGUGUUCCAGCAGCUUAAAAAAAGCUGUGAAUGUGUACUAGAGCAAAAAGUGUGUUUUUAUUGUCAAUGGUGAAUGUUCGUGCUACAAGAUCUGACCAGUCACAAACACAUACAGUACACUCAACAACCACAAUAAAAUAAUAACACCACAAUCCCAUAACUGGUACUUGAAGCCUAAAUGUCUCGUUCUCAUGUUGAAUCAGAAACUCUGCUGCCUGAAACAAUAAAAUAAUAAUAAUAAUAAGUAGGAUUUUUGGUACACGUUUUUAGUUUUUGUGGCUAGGUGAAUUGUUCCCAUUUCUCAGUGUUUAUGCUGCGUGUGAUGAGGACUUUGUGUAAGUGGUACCCUCAACAGCUUUUCUUUUUUUCUUUUUUCUUUUCUUCACUGUGUUCUAUUCCACCGAUACUACAGCUGCUAUAUCACCAAUGGUAAAUAAGCAUAACGCCGUCUGUGAAUCUGUCCAUCACUUCUGCAGACACAUGCACACAACUGAUGUUGCUGAUCUGUGAGCAUGCUUUGGGUUAAGAAGCAUGGCUAAUAGGUUUUUUAUUUUUCCGGCAAAUGUUAAGCAUCAAUCUAGAUGUUUCUCAUCACCGGUUAUAUAUAUAUAUAUAUAUAUAUAUAAGACCUGAUUUUUAGUGGAUUUUAAUAAAGAAUUUGUAUUAGAUUUUUUUUUUUUUUUGAUGUUUGCACACUGUUUUAGGGAUGCCCUUAUUACAGCGACUGUGAGCUGUAGGCAAGCCUUACAAAUUUGUGAAAAAAAAAUGUAACAUACAUUGUACUGUACUGUAUUGAAAAAUACAGGAUUGAAGCAAGUAUUGUGACAAUAAAAGUGAACCAUUAUAAACUUC